AUGAAGAAUUUAUCAAAUUUUGCAAAAGUGAGAAACAAAAGAAGUGAUAGUUGUCCUUCCAUUCCUUCGCCUCCUCUUCAGAAAGUGAGAGGAAUACCAAAAGAGAAUAUGAACCACAACAGUGUAUCAGAUCGUGUGAGUAUCACCACCACCACGACCACCACCUCAUCGAGUGAUGAAAAUGAUCAAGUAUCAACAACGCAGCGUCAGGACCAUUUGCCAGGACAACAAACACCAGAAACCUCAUCUCCAUCCAUUCUUACUCAUUCUCCCUUUGAACAAGUGCUGAAGCAAGAAAGUACAACUACACACACCAUUGAAGGUGGUACACUCGCAGCCACACACUCAAAUAGAAAGGAUGAGCCACACUCAAAAGAAGGCAAAACAAUUGUUGAGCCCAACACAUGUCAAGAAAAAUCGAACAACCACAGACCUCUGUCCAUCAAAGAGAGAGCCAAACAAAAUAUGCUGAAACGACUGAAUAUGUAA